GGACCCAGAUUUCUGGUUCCUGCUCUUGAGGAGUCUGUCUCACCCGCAAAGAUGUGGGCUCAACUCCUUCUAGGAAUAUUGGCCCUGUCACCAGCCAUUGCAGAAAAAUCUCUCCCAAACUACCUGGUGACCUUACCAGCCCAGCUUAACUUCCCCUCUACCCAGAAAGUUUGUCUGGAUCUGAGCCCUGGGAACCAUGAUGUAAAAUUCACUAUUACUCUGGAGACCAAAGACAAGACCCAGAAGUUGCUAGAAACCUCUGGGUUGAAGAAGAGACACUUCCAUUGCACCUCCUUUCUGGUACCACCUCCUGCUGGUGGCACAGAAGAAGUGGCUACAAUCUGGGUGUCGGGAACUGGAAAUAGCAUCAAUUUUGUGGAGAAGAAAAAGGUUCUGAUUCAGAGGCAGGAGAACGGCAUCUUUAUACAAACUGACAAGCCCAUCUACAACCCAGGGCACAAAGUGCAUUUCCGCAUCGUCACCCUGAACAGCAGCUUUCUUCCCGUGAAUGACAAGUACGCCAUGGUGGAACUGCAGGACCCAAAUAGCAACAGGAUUGCCCAGUGGCUGGAAGUGAUGCCGGAGCAAGGCAUUGCGGACCUGUCCUUCCAACUGGCCCCAGAGGCGACGCUGGGCACCUAUACCGUGGCAGUGGCUGGGGGCAAGACCUUUGGCACCUUCCUUGUGGAAGAAUAUGUGCUGCCUAAGUUUCAGGUGGAUGUGGUGGAACCCAAGCAGUUGUCGACCGUGGAGGAGUCCUUCUUAGUGAAAAUUUGUUGUAGGUACACCUACGGAAAGCCCAUGCGAGGGGCAGCACAGGUAUCCGUGUGUCAAAAGGCGUAUACCCACCAUUUUCCAGAGGCAGAAUGGGAACAGCUACCCGACAGAUGCAAGAACCUUUCUGGACAGACUGACAAGUCAGGAUGCUUCUCAGCUUCCGUGGAUAUGUCCACCUUCAACCUCACUGGUUACACGUACAGCCACAGCAUCAAUAUUGUGGCUACCGUGGUGGAGGAAGGAACAGGAGCAGAGGCCAAUACCACUCAGGAUAUCUACAUUUCUUCAGAAAUGGGAUCGAUAACCUUUGAAGACACCAAAAAUUUUUAUUACCCCAAUUUCCCCUUCACCGGGAAGAUAAGAGUUAGGGGCCAUGACGGCUCCCCCCUCAAGAAUCAUUCAGUAUUUCUGGUGAUUUCUGGCAUAAAUGGAACCACCAACCAGACCCUAACUACUGACAACGAUGGCCUUGCUCCCUUCGAGCUGGAUACAGUCAGUUGGAAUGGGAGAGAUAUUUCUCUGGAGGGCAGAUUCCAGAUGGAAGAUCUGGUAUAUAAGCCAGAACAGGUGCCUCAUUACUACCGGAACGACUAUCUGCGCCUGCAGCCCUUCUACAACACAACUCGUAGCUUCCUUGGCAUCCGCCAGCCAAACGGAGUCUUGGCAUGUGGCCAGCCCCAGGAAGUGCUGGUGGAUUAUUACAUUGAUCCCGCUGAUGCGAUCCCUGCCCAGGAAGUCAUCUUCUCCUACUAUGUAGUGGGGAAAGGGCGUUUGGAGAUAGAGGGGCAGAAACACCUGAAUUCUGAGAAGGAAGGAAUGAAAGGCUCCUUCUCCAUCUCACUGACCUUCACUUCCAGACUAGCCCCUCAUCCUUCUCUGGUGAUCUAUGCCAUUUUUCCCAGCGGAGCGGUUAUAGCCGACAAAAUUCAGUUCUCAGUAGAGAUGUGUUUUGACAAUCAGGUUUCCCUUGGCUUCUCACCUUCCCAGCAGCUUCCAGGAGCAGAUGUGGAACUACAGCUGCAGGCAACUCCUGGGUCCCUGUGUGCCGUCCGGGCGGUGGAUAAGAGUGUCUCACUGCUGAGGCCAGAGAGAGAGCUGAGCAACAAUUCUAUCUAUAGGAUGUUCUCAUUCUGGUAUGGUCACUACCCCCAUCAGGUGGCUGAAUAUGAUGAGUGUCCAAUGUCUGGCUUCUGGAACUCUCCACAAACCCUCUCGGUUAUGUGGAGGCCUUGGUUCUCUGAACGUGUGGACCUUUUCCAUUUUUUCCAGGACAUGGGCCUGAAAAUACUGUCCAAUGCCCAGAUUAAGAAGCCAGUAGAUUGCAGUCACCAGUCUCUAAAGCACAGCAUUGCGGUGGCGGAAGCAAAUUAUGGUAAUCGUCUAGUGAGUUUUGAAUCAUCAUCAUCUUCAUCACUUCAGUCAGAGGAUCCUCAGAUCCGCCAGUAUUUCCCAGAGACUUGGCUCUGGGAUCUGUUUCCUGUUGGUAACUCAGGGAAGGAGGCUGUCCACGUCACGGUUCCUGACACUAUCACCGAGUGGAAGGCCAUGACUUUCUGCACCUCCCAGACUAGCGGCUUUGGUCUGUCACCCACUGUUGGACUGACUGCUUUCAAACCAUUCUUUGUUGAUCUGACUCUCCCUUACUCAGUAGUUCGAGGGGAAUCUUUUCGCCUUACUGCCACCAUCUUCAAUUAUCUAAAGGACUGCAUCAGGGUUCACACUCACCUGGCUAAAUCCGAUGAGUACCAGGUGGAAUCGUGGACAGGUCCUCAGGACUCCAGCUGUCUCUGUGCUGAUGAAGCAAAAAGCUAUCACUGGAAUAUCACAGCUAUCAAGUUGGGUCAUGUAAACUUUACUGUUACUACCAAGAUUCUGGACAGCGAUGAACUCUGUGGGAGGCAGAAGGGGUUUGUUCCAGAAAAGGGCCAAAGUGACACACUCAUCAAACCAGUUCUGGUCAAGCCUGAAGGAGUCCUCGUGGAGAAGACACACAGCUCAUUGCUUUGCCCAAAAGGACAAGUGGUUUCAGAAUCCAUUUCCUUGGAGCUCCCUGUGGAUGUGGUUCCUGAUUCAGCCAAGGCUUAUGUUGCGGCUCUGGGAGACAUUAUGGGCACAGCCCUCCAGAACCUAGACAAUCUGGUACAGAUGCCAAGGGGCUGUGGGGAGCAGAACAUGGUAUUGUUUGCUCCCAUAAUCUACGUCUUGCAGUAUCUGAAGAGGGCAAGGCUGCUGACUGAGGAAAUCAGGUCUCGGGCAGUGGGUUUCCUGGAGCUCGGGUACCAGAAGGAGCUACUGUACAAACACAGCAAUGGCUCAUACAGUGCCUUUGGGGAGCAAGAUGAAAAUGGAAACACCUGGUUGACAGCGUUUGUCACCAAGUGCUUUGGCCAAGCUCAGGAAUUCAUCUUCAUUGAUGAGAAGAAUAUCCAGGAUGCUCUCAAGUGGAUGGCGGAAAACCAGCUCCCCAGCGGCUGCUAUGCCAAUGUGGGAAAGCUCUUACACACAGCUAUGAAGGGUGGCGUUGAUGAUGAGACUUCCCUGACUGCAUACAUCACAGCCGCGUUGCUGGAGAUGAGCAAAACCAUACAGGACCCGAUGGUGAGUCGGGGCCUACGGUGCCUCAGGAGUUCUGUUUCCUCCACUAACAGCCUCUACACCCAGGCCCUACUAGCUUAUACUUUCUCUCUGGCUGGGGAGAUGGACAUCAGAAACACUCUUCUUGAAAAGUUAGACCAGCAGGCUAUCAUCACAGGAGAGUCCAUUCACUGGAGCCAAAAGCCUACUCGGUCCCAGGAUGCCAGACCUUGGUCUGAGCCUGAGGCUGUAGAUGUGGAACUUACAGCAUAUAUCUUAUUAGCCCAGCUUAGCAAAGCCAGCCUGACUCAAAAGGAAAUAGCCAAGGCCACUGCCAUAGUGGCUUGGUUGGCCAAGCAACGCAACGCAUAUGGGGGCUUCUCUUCUACUCAGGAUACUGUAGUUGCCCUCCAAGCUCUUGCCAAAUACGCCACCACUGCCUAUGUGCCAUCUGAGGAAGUCAACCUGGCUGUGAAAUCCAGUGAGAAUUUCCAGCGUGCUUUCAACAUUCAGGCUGCCAACCGGUUGGUAUUUCAGCAGGAGACUCUACCUAAUAUCCCUGGAGCGUAUACCUUGGAGGCCUCGGGCCAGGGCUGUGUCUACGUGCAGACGGUGCUGAAAUACAACAUCCCCCCUCCUAAAUUUGCGGAUACCUUUAGUCUUAGUGUGGAAGUGGGAAAAGAUACAUGUGAGCAAGUUACUUCACCUCGAUCCUUGGUGCUUACUAUCCACACCAGUUAUGUGGGGAGUCGCAGCUCUUCCAAUAUGGCCAUUGUAGAAGUGAAGAUGCUUUCUGGGUUCAGUCCCAUGGAGGGCACCAAUCAGUUACUUCUCCAACAACCACUGGUGAAGAAGGUUGAAUCUGGAACUGACGUACUGAACAUUUACUUGGAAGAGCUGAAUAAGACGACUCAGGCCUUUACCUUCACCAUCAGCCAACGUAUGUUGGUCACUAACCUGAAACCAGCAACCAUCACGGUCUAUGACUACUACCUCCCAGGUGAACAGGCAACAAUUCAAUACUCUGAUCCUUGUGAAUGAGGAUAGAAGUUGGAAAGAGACUAAUUUAAUCCCCUGUGACAUUACUGGACAACAUUCUUCUGCCUCUUAAAGCAAAACUCAUUCAAUCAACUAAUUUGAUUUCUCUGAUUGACUACUGAGUGUGUAACAGAUGAGCAGGCGUGAACCUCAGCUACUUUCUUCCACUUCACAGAUGCAUAGGUGCCGGAAUAAAGGGUUGGGGCGGGGGGAUGGGCUCGGAAUUAUCACCCCAGGGAAGAAUUACCUGGAAAAGACCCCUGGGGGAGGAGAUGUGAUUUAGCCACAGGGGGGACUCUCCAGAGAAGAUUUGGAAGUAGAGGGGGAUCCAGGGAAGAUAAAAAUGUCUUUCCGGAGGUUAAAUCUAAGGGGAGAUGUAAUUUAGCGCUUUGGGAGUAGAUGAAAAAAAGUUUUUUCCUUGAAAAGAAAACCCGUGUCCUUGACUCUGUGCGUCUUGCUAUGGCUCCCAAAGGUUUUGUUGAAAGAUAAUAAUCAUCCUUUAACCAGAACUCGUAUUUUGGCUUCCUCUUUAAACCUUUUGACCCAGACACGUCAGAGAAUCGUCUUGCCAAUUCUGGGAGGGGUCAGAGAGUCCCAAUUAAGGGAUUGUGUUCAGCCAGCUGUCACUGCAGGGCAAAAUAGUGAUUGAUAACAAGAGAAGUGGCUGGCCAGGAUUCCCUAUCUCUGCGCUUCUCCUUCAGGAUUCCCCCAGCCUCUUCCGCUAGGGGAUACCUAUCUUUGUGUAAGCUGUUUCUGGAAGCAAUGUUUUUGUUUUAGAAACGGGUCUGGAGGCAAAAGUAUGGGGGGGAAAGAGAUGAAUAGUACUUAAACAGAGAAGAUCAUCUAGGCAACCACACCUUUUCACCCUGGAUAAUUCACACUCUGAUCUCGCUCCUCUGGACUGUAAAUUUUGACCAGAAGAGCCAGGGGAAAGUAAGUUCAUGAUGUAGAGAUAUUUCCAUAAGCCCAGGGCCAUAUUUGCAAAAAUUGUUCAUUUCCUGUCUCCCCCACCCUAGACUCUGCCCUGAACCUCCUAGGAGUUCCCAAAGUGAGAGAACAUGG